CUCCACCACCUCCCCAAGGAGGAGGCAUGUUCAUCGUGCUGGAUUACGGAGCUGAUGGCGAUGGGGUAACCGAUGACACCGAGGCAUUCCAGGCUGCAUGGGAAGCUGCCUGUCACGGGGCUCCAUCGAAAGUGAUUGUUCCAUCCAACUUUGAGUUCCUCGUCGGUCCAAUCUCAUUCUCUGGCCCUUGCAAGUCCAACGUUGUGUUUCAGGUGGACGGCAAGAUCAUCGCUCCAAGUAGCGGCCGGAAAGCAUGGAGCUCAGGUCUAUUACAGUGGCUUGAAUUCAGAGUGCUAAAAGGAAUCAGAAUUGAGGGCCGAGGCAUCAUCGAAGGUCAGGGCAGUGCCUGGUGGAGCAACAGCUCGUCUCUGUUAGGCUCCGAGGUCAGCGGACAGUUGCCGCACGUCAAACCUACGGCUCUGAGGUUCUACGGAAGCUCUGAUGUCACGGUGAGUGGCAUUACAGUUCGGAACAGCCCGCAGGUCCAUCUCAAGUUCGAUAGCUGCCAAGCCGUCGAGGUCACCGGUGUCACCAUCUCUUCCCCUGGAGACAGUCCCAACACUGACGGCAUACAUCUGCAGAACUCUGUGAACGUUUUCAUCCAUAACACCGACUUGAGCUGUGGUGACGACUGCAUCUCCAUCCAGACCGGAUGCUCCAACAUCUUGGUACAGAACGUGAACUGCGGGCCAGGCCACGGGAUCAGCAUCGGAGGCCUCGGCAAGGCCGACACACAGGCUUCUGUAUCCAAUGUCACCGUGCAGAACGCCAACAUCGUCGGCACAAUGAUCGGUGUCAGAAUCAAGACUUGGCAGGGCGGAUCAGGCUUCGUCAAGUGCAUAAGAUUCGCAAAGAUCAAAGUCUCAAAUGUAAAGACACCGAUCGUCAUCGACCAAUUCUACUGCGACCACAGCGAAUGCAAAAACCAGACUUCGGCGGUAGCAUUGUCGGACAUCACAUACGAUGGCAUCGUGGGAACUUACACGGUCCAGCCAGUGUAUUUAGCAUGCAGCGACAGCAAGCCAUGCCGCAACAUUCAUCUCAGCGACAUACAGCUUCAGUUGCUGAAACAACGGGGCCGCACCGACGAUCCUUUCUGCUGGCAAGCCUACGGCGACCUGCAAGGCCCCAUCGAACCACCCAUCACCUGCUUGCGCAGCAAAAACAAAAGAUAA